AUGCGGGUUGUGGUCAUACAGGGUGUCCCUCCCAUGGGUAACUUUGAACACCUUGCAGGCUUGCGGGUCAAGAUUAAAAAUGGUGUUGUUUUAACCAACUAUCAUGGUCUGGAUCGCAUUCCACCUAGCCCAUCUUCAUCAUCAACUCUAACCAAAUCUGUUUUUACAGUUUUAUCUAGGACACCCACUCCUCCUUUGACAAAGCUCCGGAAACUUGCUGCUCUGCAAACCAAGGCCAAAAUAAGCCGGCCAGAAAGUGAAGAGAGUGAUAGGGUUGUCAUUAUACAGCCUGCAAAGGAUAAACUACCACCUACUAAACCUCCAGCAAUUAAGAAAAAGGCAGAGAAAAAAACAAUGGUUAUGCCCAGAGACACAUCAGUAAAGCGCCCCUGUGAUGCCACUAUCAGUGAUUCUGAGUCAGACAUGGAAGAAACGGUGCAUGUUUUCUCAAAGGCUAAAGGGAAAAAGAAAGCGAGAGUCACACCACCUGUCCCCCCAUCAACUCUUCCCCCCACAAAGUUCAAUCCAUGUGAUCUCCCUGCACCAGAAAUCUCACUGCAUAUGAGGCCAGUAAUGAGCCGACCCCCAUUGCAAAUGGUUUGUCCUGAUCACCCGGUGUACAACAGCUUGAGGACCCACAAUACAGUACCUCUUGCCACAUCAAUGAGCCUUCCCAGUGUGCCAAACCAAGCACCUAUUUCUGUGGCUGUCCGGCCUAAGCCCAAAAUGCACAAAAUCCCUGUUGGGAACCAACCAGAUGAAUAUGACCCUUCACGCAGCAGUACACAUGCCCGAGAUACAUUGCCUACCCAAGUGGCAUCGGGAGAUGCAUGUGCUCAUACCAUCCCUGAGGUGGUCAAACAAAUUGCCCAUGCACUCAUCCCUUCUUUGAAAGGGCAGCCUGAUGCGUUUCUUCCACCUGGUAUUGUGAAAAUUGCGUGGUCCACACAUAUGGAAGCACAAAACUCUAUGUACGAACAAGCCAUGAAUUCGACAAACUCAGAGGGUCAAUAUCAAAAGCCAUAUCUUCCUAGCAAAGCAUACCCAUCUAAUUCUUUUUACCAAGGGUUUUAG